AAGGUCGUUUCUGAAAUGCGUUUGGGUGUGGAGAUCGCGGGGCGCGUGCGGGUGAGUCCGAGGCUCUAGAGGGCGAGAGGGAGGGAAAGAGGGAGAAGGAAAUGGGGAGAAGAGGAGAUGGAGAAGAAGUCAAAGACGGCAGCGGCGGCGGCGGAGACCCUCACUGGAGGGGAGCCAGCAGUUUUGGGGGAAGGAGGGGGUGGAUGGGGGAUUUCGAGAGGGAUCUGGUGGCGGGGGCGGUGAUGGGUGGGGUGGUGCACACGGUGGUGGCGCCGAUCGAGCGGGCGAAGCUGCUGCUCCAGACCCAGGAGAGCAACGCCGCCCUGCUCGGCCACCUGCGGCGGCGGCGCUUCCGGGGGAUGGUUGACUGCAUCGCCCGCACCGUCCGGGAGGAGGGCGUCCUCUCUCUCUGGCGCGGAAAUGGCACAAGCGUCCUCCGCUACUACCCUUCCGUCGCCCUCAACUUCUCCCUCAAGGAUCUGUACAGAACAAUGUUGAAGGGUGGAGAAGCAUCAACAGAUGGUCGUUUCACGUCGGUCGCAGCUGCCAACUUCAUGGCAGGGGCUGCAGCUGGCUGCACAACGCUCGCCAUCAUCUAUCCACUCGACAUUGCCCACACCCGCCUUGCAGCUGACAUUGGCAGGACGGACUCCCGCCAAUUCAAGGGCAUCUGCCACUUCCUCCACACGAUCCACCAGAAAGAUGGCAUCAGGGGCGUCUACCGGGGCCUGCCGGCCUCUCUCCAAGGGAUGAUUGUCCAUCGGGGGCUGUACUUUGGAGGCUUUGACACAGCUAAAGAUUUUUUGGUGUCAGAGGACUCCGCACUGUGGAAGCGUUGGGUGACGGCCCAAGCAGUCACAACCAUGGCAGGGCUCGUCUCCUACCCACUGGAUACCGUACGGAGGAGAAUGAUGAUGCAGUCGGGAAUGGAGAAACCAAUGUACCAUAGCACUCUGGAUUGUUGGAGGAAGAUUUACAAGACGGAGGGCCUGGCUUCCUUUUACCGUGGAGCAGUCUCUAACAUGUUCAGAAGCACUGGAGCGGCUGCUAUACUGGUUUUAUAUGAUGAGGUGAAGAAGUUCAUGAGAUGGGGUGGAUUGUGAUAGGAAAUAAAUUUUCUAACCACGUUUUCCAACUGACAGGAGCCAGAAUACAAGAGAGAAGAGCGGAUGAAGGCUGUCUCAGAUAUAGAUAGGUCAGGGGUAAAUCAUUUUGUAACAGGAGAAUUCAAUUUUUUUGUUCGCUAAUGGAGUGGUGUAUACGAUGCCGUGUGUUUUUUGAGAGCGUCAUUUGCCGUGCUCGUGCUGUCAGAUAGAAGGGCAAAGCUUUCAUAAACCAACAAGAUAUUCCUCCUUAUUUCAAAGGAGAAUCAAAAGGCAAGAAAUUUUUUUAAUUAA